CUCGAAAUCUCGCCCCUCGUUGCAGUUGUCCAUAUCCCUUCCUCUCUUCCUCGCCAGGCCAACCGCUGAUUGUUGUUCAGACAGAGGAAGGAAGGAAGGAAGGAGGAGAUCAGAAGCAUCAGCCAUGUCGAACUCGGCGUCGGGAAUGGCCGUUUGUGACGAAUGCAAACUCAAGUUCCUGGAACUCAAGGCGAAGAGGAGCUUCCGUUUCAUCGUGUUCAAGAUCAACGAGAACGUGCAGCAGGUGGUGGUGGACAGGCUUGGGGGACCAGGUGAAAGCUACGAUGCGUUCAGGGCCUGCUUUCCCGCCAACGAGUGCCGCUACGCGGUGUUUGAUUUUGACUUUGUCACUGAUGAGAACUGCCAGAAGAGCAAGAUCUUCUUCAUCUCUUGGGCCCCAGAUGCAUCGAGGGUGAGAAGCAAGAUGCUGUACGCAAGCUCCAAGGACCGGUUCAAGAGGGAGCUCGACGGCAUUCAGGUGGAGCUACAAGCAACUGAGCCGAGCGAAAUGAGCAUGGACAUCAUCAAGUCGCGAGCCCUCUGAAACAGCCCGGCAUCAGCUCCUGCAUGCCCGUCGAUUCCUUCGAUGUUGGUAACGGUCAUCCGUUUUCGUGUCCUUGUUUUUCCUGGAAGCAAAAGCCUUGCGUUCUGUAUGAGACUUCUGUAUACCAUUUCCCCUCUCUCUUUUUCCCCAAUCUCUGCCGUAGUCCUGCACUCCUGCUACUGCUGUAAACUAGAACUUAUUUGCUGUUUUGUCUCGUGGCAUUGUCGAGUCGCUUAUGUGUCUAUGCAAUGCUAGUUGUGAGAAGCCUAAUGUACCUUAGCUUAAUCACCGAAUUGCUCAA